UUCAACCUAUUCGGGGACAAAAUGUCAGCACCAUUAUGAAACACAUCCGCGCUGUUUGUUUCCGGGUUGCUGUGACGCAAAUGUGAAGGGGCGGGGUAUUAUGAGCAGUCUGUCCCUCCCGCAGGUAGGUUGCUCGCUCACCCAUCCCCGACAAGUUGCCCUCCAAGGCGUCGGUCAGAAAGUCCAAGACGAGGAGGGAAGUUGUAGCCCUUUACGCGUUGGCUUCUCCUUUUUUUCUCCCCCUCCCUUCGUUGUUCUGUGAGCGCUGCUGUCGGUGCUUGCGCUGGGGAUGUUCAGUUGGGUAAAGCAGGAGCAGGGCGGCCGCAACAAGGAGGGCGAGAUGUACCAAACGGUGACCGAGGGGCUGCAGAGCCUCUACAGCAAGAAGCUGCUGCCACUGGAGGAGACGUAUCUCUUCCACGACUUCCACUCGCCCGCCCUGGAGCCGGCCGACUUCCAGAGCAAGCCCAUGGUGCUGCUGGUGGGCCAGUACUCCACCGGGAAGACCACCUUCAUCAGGUAUCUUCUGGAGCAAGACUUUCCUGGUAUGCGGAUUGGACCCGAACCCACCACGGAUGGCUUCAUCGCGGUGAUGUACGGCGACAACGAGGGGAUCGUACCCGGCAAUGCCCUGGUGGUGGACCCCAAGAAGCCCUUCAGGAAGCUCAACGCCUUUGGAAACUCGUUUCUCAACAGGUUCAUCUGCUCUCAGAUGCCCAAUCAGGUUCUUCAGAGCAUCAGCAUCAUCGACACGCCGGGGAUUCUGUCCGGAGAGAAGCAGCGCAUCAGCAGAGGUUACGACUUUGCCGAGGUUCUGCGUUGGUUCGGCGAGCGAGUGGACAGGAUCAUCCUGCUUUUUGACGCCCACAAACUGGACAUCUCAGACGAGUUCUCCGAGGCCAUCCGAGCUCUCAAAGGACAAGACGACAAGAUCAGGGUGGUCCUCAACAAGGCCGACCAGGUGGACACGCAGCAGCUGAUGCGCGUCUACGGCGCCCUCAUGUGGUCUCUGGGCAAAGUGAUCAACACCCCGGAAGUGGUGCGGGUUUAUCUGGGCUCCUUCUGGGCCAAACCCCUACAGAACACGGAGAACAGACGUCUAUUUGAGGCGGAGUCUCAGGACCUCUUCCGGGACAUCCAGAGUCUUCCGAAGAACGCGGCGCUUCGCAAGCUCAAUGAUCUCAUCAAGAGGGCCAGGCUGGCCAAGGUGCACGCCUACAUUAUCAGCUACCUCAAGAAGGAGAUGCCAUCGCUGUUUGGGCGCGAGAAGAAGAAGGAGGAGCUCAUCGCGAGGCUGCCUGAGAUCUAUGCCAUCCUGCAGAGGGAGCACCACAUCAGCCCUGGAGACUUUCCUAACGUCAACAAGAUGCAGGACAUGUUGCAGCACUACGACUUCAGCAAAUUCCCAUCGCUGAAGAUGAAGCUGAUCGAGUCCGUGGACAAGAUGCUUGCGUCCAAGAUCGCCGGGCUGAUGACCAUGAUCCGCGAGGAGGAAACCAAGGCGCCGCCUGCCAUGGUGUCGGGCGGCGCCUUCGAGGGCUCCCAGGACGGCCCCUUCGGCCGCGGCUAUGGCGAGGGCAUAGGCGCCGGCGCCGACGGAGCCGAGGACUGGAUUGUCAGCCGGGACAAGCACCGCUACGACGAGAUUUUCUACACGCUCAUGCCCGUCAACGGCAAAAUCAGCGGCGUCAACGCCAAGAAGGAGAUGAUGAACUCCCGGCUGCCCAACACUGUACUGGGCAAGAUAUGGAAGCUGGCUGACUGCGACCAGGAUGGCAGCCUGGACGACGAGGAGUUUGCGCUGGCUCAGCACCUCAUCAAGGUCAAGCUGGAGGGCUACGAGCUGCCGGCCGAGCUGCCCCCACACCUGGUGCCGCCCGCCCAUCGCAAGCACGCCGAGGCUGAGUACGAUCCCGGCGAGGACUAGACGCUCGCGUCCAUGCACCCUGACUGACACGCGACGACAACAGGCACCUGUGUUUAUUUGCUACGCUGCCCGCUCGCUUGAAAUCUUCGGUUCAACUCAAAAUUAGCAAUUUUGCCAUCAGCAGAUUUUUGGGGAGGGACUCUCGUCUUUUUAUUUGCUGAAAAAGUCGCUUAUUUGCUGUUUUUGUUCUCACUGCAUCUUGGCUUUGGAACUGUUGAAGUGAGUUGAGGAGCUUUAUUUAGGCAGAUGUAGUGAUUUGCCGCCAUCUUGUGGUUGGCUAGUACAGUACACUUUAAACCGUUUUAGGGGCGUGUCACUCACAGGCCGGAUGAGCUUCAUUUAGGGCAGAGGUACCUUUUUGAAACCGAAACCAACUUCUUGCCCACACUGCUUAAAAGCAAAACAUGGUUUUGAAGGUCCUUGUCAUACUGGUUUUGCUGGUGUCACUUGCAAGACUCGGCAGCAAAAGCAGCCAAGAUUUAAACAGCUGAACAUUUGGUCAUCUGGCAACCCACUACGCUAACUCGGCAAGAGAUUUUAAGAUGUGAAGACAUAUAGCCUUAUUAAUUAAAUUUUUUUAAAAACUGUUGUCUAUAUGUAUGUGUAUAUGAACUGUUUUGGAGCAAUGAUCAAAGUAUUGUACAUCAUUUCAA